AUGACGGGUGUGAGGUUUGAUGAAGUGGUUGAUAUUGCUAGAAGCGUAGAGCUAGUUCGUAGGCAGGAGCGUGAGGAGCGGGAGGCCAAGAGGCCUCGUAGUUCAGGUGGUUUUAGCAGUGCCUCAUCUGGAGUCCAGCCCUACUAUAGUAGAGAUCGUUCUUCUAGACCCAUUCAUACAGCUCGCCAUAUUCCACGUGGUUCUUCCGUUAGACACAGUUCCUACAGUGGUCGUCGAGCUCAAUCAUCAUUCAGUGUGUUGACGUCACAGAGUUCUUACCAUGCUUCAUCUGCACAGGGUUCCUCAGGCAACUAUUCAGAUCAUCAGGGUCAGCAGCUCAGUCAGAGGAGGGUUUGUUUUGAGUGCGGGGAGUUGAGUCAUCUCAAGAAGGAUUGCCCCAGACUAUUGGAUAGGGUUCCAUAG